GUGGACUUUUCUUAUACCCUUUCGCGGCGCACAUGAACACUGUCGGAUACCAUGGAACUGGCAUGAGAAGCAGAUGUCCAAUAUACUGAAUCUGGCUGUACAGUCGCUAGCUAAUACCACAUACCUAACAUACCUCUUAAAGGCGAGAGCAAAGUGCGCCCUAUCAUUGUGUGUGAGUGUGCGUAUGCCUUUAUCUAUCUUCUUGAUACUUUUAAUCCUUGAGAUAGGCGUCAAAGUGACGCUGUGUAUCUUACACGUUAUAUAUCUUGUGUUGCAAUCCUUCAAUAUCUCAUGAAUCACCGCGUGUUUGAUGUUCUCAGUACGAUAAGCCUUAAAACCUUAAAAG